AACGCCACAAUUUUGGCUGUUUUUUCAGUGAAAGGCGACGACCUGCAGACCAUCAAGAAGGAGCUGAGCCAGAUCAAGCAGAAGGUGGACUCCCUCCUGGAGAGCCUCGAGAAGAUCGAAAAGGAGCAAAAGCAGAAGAGCGACAAAACGGAGGAGGAGCAGGGAGGGGGAUCGACCAAAAAGGAGGAAAGUGGCCCCAAAACGGAGGCGGGCGCCGACGAUUCGGCCGAGGAGGGGGACCUGCUGGAUGAUGAGGAUGCUGAGGAAAGGGGUGAUGAUCAGCUGGAAUCCAUCAAGGGUGAUGAGAAAGAGGCAGAGGAGGGGGAGGACGACCGGGACAGCGCCAACGGCGAAGACGAUUCCUAAAAAA